GCGGGCCGGAAGACUCCCGAGAACUAGUGAGGCCUCCGGGCUGCGGACACACCUCGCGGUGGGGUUUGCACUCGGCGCCCGGCGCCGGGCUGCGGGCGCUGCGGACCAUGGCUCCGUCCCAGGCGCCCAGCCGGGACCGUGGAGGUCACGAGGAUGAGGACCGCUGGGAAGCUCGGGGGGACCGCAAGGCCCGGAAGCCCCUGGUGGAGAAGAAGCGACGUGCGCGGAUCAACGAGAGUCUUCAGGAGCUGCGGCUGCUGCUGGCCGGCAACGAGGUGCAGGCCAAGCUGGAGAACGCCGAGGUGCUGGAGCUCACGGUGCGGCGCGUGCAGGGCGCGCUGCGGGGCCGGGCGCGCGAGCGGGAGCAGCUACAGGCCGAAGCAAGUGAGCGCUUCGCUGCCGGCUACAUCCAGUGCAUGCACGAGGUGCACACGUUCGUGUCCACGUGCCAAGCCAUCGACGCCACCGUCUCGGCUCAACUCCUGAACCACCUGCUGGAGUCCAUGCCGCUGCGUGAGGGUAGCAGCUUUCGGGACCUGCUGGGGGACUCCCUGGCUGGGCUGCCGGGGGGCUCUGGAAGGAGCAUCUGGCCUUCAGGAGGGUCCCCAGGGUCUCCAUCGCCCAGUCCCCUGGGGCCCGGGGACGACCUGAGUUCUGACCUAGAGGAGAUCCCUGAGGCUGAACUAAAUCGGGCACCUGCCGAGGGGCCGGAUUUGGUGCCUACAUCUCUAGGCAGUCUGACAGCAGCUCGCUUGGCCCAGAAUGUGUGGCGGCCUUGGUGACCAACGCUAACCAGGGACCCGUGGGGGGUGGGCUGCCAUCCUUAGGCCUGCUCCCUCCCUGGGUGUCAGAUGGGGUGGAAACAGUCCAGGAUGCCCCUGCCCCGUGUGCCCUCCCCACUCUUCCAAUGGAUGGCUGGCAUGACAGCCCUUGGUGGCCAGCCCCUGUAGGUCCCUCACCCUGUUUCUUGAGGGAAUCAAUUUCACGGACCCUAUAGCUCUGGAUGGGGGUGGGGGGGAGGGAGGCUAUGGAAAGGAGACUCUUGUAGAGCUGCCAGGGCUCCCUUAUGCUCACCUGUUCCUGCCUUUUAGGCAUUCUGAGGGGCCUAGGGCAGAAGUGGCCAGUCUUGAAGCUGAGCAUUAGUGUCCAUGGCAGGGACACACAGGCCAUAGCAGUCCUGCCCUGAAUAGCAGUUCAGGUUUGCUAGGAGACCAGGGGAGGCAGGCGCAUUCUGCAGGGUCACUGAGAGCCGCUCCCUGCUUGUAACACACUGGAGUGUGUGAAUUUGGUUGCCAUCAGAUGUGCCAAUUAAAUAAAGAACUUGGAGUUAGUU